AUGGAUGAGCAGCUGGACGUCCAAUCGUGUUGCUCUGCGUCUUCGGCCCCGUCGUCAGAGUACAGCGGAUUAUGUGUCGAAGCGUCUACAGUCGAGUCGACGCGGUGGAUGCAAAGUCUAGAGAAGUGCAUUCGUGCCAUCGUGAGCGUCCGGCUCCUCAGUGUGCGCGCUUUCGACGGCAAUGGCGCGAGCUUUAGCGUGGCCACGGGUUUCGUAGUGGACGUAAAGAGGGGGUUGAUCCUCACGAAUCGGCACGUGGUGACACCAGGUCCUGUAGUUGCUGACGCCAUCUUUCUCAACAAGGAGGAAGUGGAUCUUGUGCCAGUGUACCGAGACCCUGUGCAUGACUUCGGAUUCUUUCGCUUCGACCCUAGUAAGGUCAAGUUCCUGCAGCUUCACGAGAUCCCGCUAAGGCCUGACGCAGCCAGAGUCGGUGCCGAGAUUCGCGUGGUGGGCAAUGACGCGGGGGAAAAACUCUCCAUCUUGCCAGGAAUCUUGGCCAAGUUGGAUCGCGACGCACCGUCUUACGGCUCGGCCACGUACAACGACUUCAAUACUUUCUACUUUGCAGCGGCAAGCAGUACGAGCGGAGGUUCGAGCGGCUCUCCCGUACUAAACAUUGACGGAUGUGCCAUCGCGCUGAAUGCCGGAGGAGCCAAAAAGGCAGCAUCGUCAUUUUACCUGCCGCUGAACCGCGUUGUGCGCGCGCUUGAGCUAAUCCAACAAGGCAAGGAAGUGUCGCGCGGUACGAUUCAGACGAUUUUUCGAUACACGGCGUUCGACGAAGUGCGGCGACUUGGGCUGUCGGGAGAAACAGAAGCUUUGGUGCGCCAGCAGUGCCCGCAAGAGACAGGCAUGCUAGUGGUGGACCAGGUCAUUCAAGGAGGGCCGGCGCAUGAGCAGCUGUGUACCGGAGACGUGCUCAUAAAGUUUGCCGGCAAGUAUGGAGCGACCUUUAUAACUAUAGAGGAGUUUUUGGAUACAAAUGUUGCUGGGACCGUGGAAGUUCAGGUUCAGCGUGGGGGCGUGCAGUACACAGUCACGCUGAACGUUCAGAGCCUACAUACAAUCACGCCUGACAAGUACUUUGAAAUUGGAGGUGGUAUCGUGCACGCGUUGUCCUACCACCAAGCUCGUAACGCCUCACUACCGGUGGGUGGUGUAUACCUAGCGCAAGCAGGCCACAUGUUCAUGAAAGCGCACUUAGCCCAACCUUGUAUUAUUACGUCCGUAGCGGGACAGCCUACACUAACAUUGGAUGACUUCGUGCGCGUCAUGGCAUCACUACCUAAUGGAUUUCGCACGGUGUUGCGCUACUUUAUGAUCCGCGAUCGCCACCGUAUCCGUACAGCCUUCAUUAUGAUGGACCGGUUAUGGUUUCCAAUGCAGCUAUGUACGCGGAACGAUCAGGACGGGUUGUGGCACGCGGAGUCACACGUCGGGCACACGUCGAACGAUGAUAAAGCGCUAGCGCAUCUCGCUACAACUGGGAACCCGACCUUUGUUCCCGCGCCAUUGAGCUUUCCAGGCGGAAGUGCACUGGGCAAGAAGACGCUGCGGUCGCUGGUUAUGGUAUCUUUUGACAUUCCUUACAUGAUUGACGGUAUUUCGAGCUCGAGCUACCAUGGCAUGGGAGUUGUAGUGGACGCAGAGAAAGGUUUCGUGCUCGUGGAUCAAAACACUGUCCCCAUCGCGUUAGGUGAUGUGUUGAUCACAAUAGCUGCUACCUUUGAAGUCCCUGCCAAAGUGGUUUUUGUGCACCCAGUUCACAACUUCUCAAUCGUACAGUACGAUCCCAAAUCAUUAGGCGCUGCAGCGAGUCAUAUCGAAAGCGUCGUAUUGGCUGAGAAAGUGCUCGAAGUUGGCGAGACCGCCGACUACGUCGGAUUGAGUGGUAAUUGGACCGUUGUCACGAUGAAGUCUGUUGCUACCAAGCUGGAUCGUCUUGUGCUGCGCGACUUUCAGCCACCUAGAUACAAAGCAUGCAAUGUCGAAGUGCUGCACUUUGAUCGCAUCACAAAGUCAGUGGGGGGUGUUUUUAUUGAUGCUGCAGGCGCUGUAAAUGCAUUAUGGCUUUCUUUUAGCUACCAGGAUAAUGCUGGUCGCAAAGAAGCUUUUCGUGGAUUACCGGUCAGUACUGUCCGACCGAUUAUCGACAAACUUCGGGCGUCUCAAAUCCCAUCAUCGCUGAACAUAUUGCCGGCACAACUACUGACAUACCCUUUAUCCAAAGCACGCUCUGGCCUCGGACUUUCGGAUGCAUGGAUUCAAAAGCUCGAGUCGUGCUACGAAAAUAAGCGCCAGGUUCUUGGAAUAAAGCGAUGUGCUGCCGGCACGGACUGCGCAAAAAAGUUUAAAAGCGGUGACUUGCUUUUAGCGAUUAACGGGCGAGUGGUAGUACGGGACGUAGAUGUAGAGGCUGCAGUGUGUGGUAACACAACCGUGAAUGUGUUGGUCGUGCGCGAUCGGAAAGAACUGGAGUUGAGUGUAAGCACGUCUCAGCUGUCAGCUUUGGGCACUGGCCGUGUGAUUGUCUGGUGUGGCCUUGUCAUCCAGAGCCCUCAUUAUGCAGUCGCAAGCUUGGGCUACAUUCCUGAAGAAGGCGGCGGCGUAUACUGCUCACGAUGGUGCUACGGAUCUCCAGCGCACAAGUUCGGCUUGCGGGCAACCAUGUGGCUUGUGGAAGUUAACGGGCAGCCAACACGCACGUUAGAUGACUUUUUGCUUGUCGUGGAACGCAUAGGCAAUUGUGAGUCCGUGCGACUGAAAACCAUUUCGAUCAACAGUAAGCCAAAGGUGUUCACGCUGAAGACAGACUUUCACUACUGGCCUACAACCGAGUUGCGUCGAGAGGGAUAUGACUGGAAAUAUGUGGAGCGUCACGUGUUCGCAUAG